AUGACUUCAGAUUCUGUUGAAUUGGAAAAAAGUCAACCAUUUUCAAGCAUUGAAGAUAAUUCACUUGAAGGAGGGAAAGCUUCAAAAUUAUCUAAUAUUUUGGACAGUAAGAAAAAAUCAUCUAAAUUGAAAUGCAAAUUUUCUCUCUAUUUGGAACCAAGAAAGAUUAGUAUCAAUCAAAUGUACAUUGAAGGAUUGAAUGAAUGGUUGUUAUCCUUAGAAGGAAACCCAACUCAUCUAGUUUCAUUGUUGGGAGAUUUAUUUAGCCAAGUGGACACAGUGAUUAGGACUACAUCUGGCCAUUUGGUCAACUUUGAGAAUGAUAUUUUAACUAUUGCUUAUAAUACUACUAUUAACCAGAACAAUCACGAAGAAAAAGCAGUUGCCAGCGCUCAACUUUUACAAGAAAAGUUAACCAACGUGAAAGAAAACAAGUGGAGAGAAAGUGGACUAUUGAGGGAGGAAAUUUGUGAAUUGAUUAAUUUCAGAUUUGCUAUUUGUGCUCAAAAAACAUUUUGUGGAAAUAUUGGAACUAAAGACAUUAAGCACUUUACAAUUUUUUCAAGCACGAGACAUAAUUUGGAUCAAAUAAUAAGAUUUGGCAAGAAACUCAAAGUUCCAAUCAUUAUCACACAGCACAUCAAGCAAUAUUGCCACACUAGGUGUGAGACUAGAUUCCUGGAUAGAAGAGAAUUAAGGGAGGAUUAUUUCUUUUCCUCUCUAGAUGAUUUCAACCAAGAAAAUUGGGAAAUUGGAAGUGUUUCUAUGUCAAAUUCAUUGACAAAAGAUUGUUUAUUAUAUGAAUUGGGAGAUUCAAUUGAAAUGAAACAAGAAACUGAUGAUGGUAAAUUUGAAGAAGCCAUUCCUCUAUUUCGAGAAUAUCAACAAGUCAACCCAAAUGACCUUCCAACCCAACAUUUACUUCGAUUAUGUGAACAACAAGCUCAAACACCAACUCUCAACAUUUUGGAAUAA